UCUUCCUUCCCGCGGAGGUGGUCUCGGCUCCCGUGCUGAGAUGACCCCUCCGCCCCCCUCGCGCCCGCACCGCCAUGGACGCCCCCUCUAACUCCUCCUCCUCCUCCUGUUCCACCGCUGCUGUCCUCCCGGCCGACGGGCAGGAUGACCGGGCUGCGGUUCGGCCCACUCAGGACUCUCCUGCCUCUCCAGCCACCAAAGAACCCCCCCUCUCGGACCCGUCCUUCUCUGCCUCCACCUCUCCUGAUGAAAGCGUCUGGCCCAGCUCUGGUUCCCAGGCAGUUCCCAGCCCCACAAAACUCCCGGCAGCCAUCUUAUCUGCGCCGCAACGGCAAGCCGACUUUGGCCUAGCGAUACCAAACCCGUCCCCCUUCCCUCAGCCAACAUGCCCUGGAGAAGAUGGGAAUAAAGAAGCAGCAGCAGAUGAUGAUGAUGAGGGAGAGGAUGGUGGAACUGAGGCCCAGCUCUUCUUCUCUGCCAAAGGCUCGGCCUAUCUCCUCAGCGGUGGCCACGUUCUCUUACCAAAGGGCUCCCCUAGCACCACAGCUCCCCCGGUGUCUAUCCUCCACGUCCAGCGCGGUGGAGGCCCUAACCAAGGCUUUACGUCUACUGACCAAAUGUCCCAGAAUACCUCAGCGCCAGCCGAAUGGACCCCUCAUGGCGCCUUCUACACUUACCAACUGGCUGGGCCCCCCGCUCGAACCACGUCUGCCAAAAACGUUCCCACCAAACCCAAAGAUGCCCCCACCACCCACGCGGAGGAUGAGGAAAACCCCAAAGGGGAAGCCAACCUUGGCCAAGAAGAGGAGCUACUACGGCCACCCAUUUGGCUGUGCCUAACAUGCCGCCUUUCUUUCCACCGGGGCCGUUCCUUGGCAUCCCAUGUUCAUGUGGCCCAUGGGGUGCAGCUGAGCACCAACCAAUGCCAGACCCUGUCUAGAGGGGCUUCUGCCGUGUUCCAGGGCACCACACUUGGCUUCCUAGAACCAAAUAACCCCACCACUGAGGCAGACCUCAAUGCCAGAAUGUGUAGCAGAUGGGUGAAUGUAUCAGAAGAGGAGGAGGAGGAAGAGGAGAAGAAAGAAAGCUCAGAAGAACAACGCGAGCCACCCGAUGCCAAAGAUUCAAGGGUCGGCGGUGCGCACUGGGCAAAGGGGGGGCUGGAGGAUAAACCAGAGAAUGAAAAGGAGGAGGAGGAAGAGAAAGAGGAGGCUGAAGAAAAGGAAGAGGAGGGUCUCCCAGACCAAAGCUCACAUGGCCAAAGCCCAUUCAUGAGUGCUAACACCCCCCUCUCGGAGACACCGCAGGCAAAGGUCGAUAAUGACGUUAACGUUGGGUUGGCCAAGGAAGACAUCAACAUGGAGUUGGUCAAUAAAGCUGCCGGCUUGACCAAUGAAGUUGUCAGCGUGGGACUGGUUCAUGACAGCGCUCAAGCGGAGUUAGCUGGCAAACCCGACAAUGCUGGAUUAGCCACCAAAGGGAACAGCGAUGACCUAACCCAUACCACUGACGUCAGCAACGCUGGACUGGCUCACGACGCCGGCCCCGCUGAGUUGGCCCACAGCGUCAGGAACAUGGGGAUCGCCAAUGACAUGGCCAGCGUCGGGUUCGAGCUGAACAGCAGCCACAACGGAUCGGCCCCGCUCGGCUUUGGGGAAGAAUUUACCGCGAUGGCCUACUCCGGCUUGAGUUUAUCCGGCCACAUGUCCUUGCUGCAUUCGCGCAACUCCUGCAAGACUCUGAAGUGUCCCAAGUGCAACUGGCAUUACAAGUACCAGCAGACUCUGGACGUGCACAUGAAGGAGAAGCACCCCGAGAACAACAGCCACUGCGCUUACUGCAGCACCGGGGGGGCCCACCCCCGCCUGGCCAGGGGCGAAAGCUACAACUGCGGCUACAAGCCUUACCGUUGCGAGGCAUGCAAUUAUUCCACCACCACCAAGGGCAACCUCAGCAUCCACAUGCAGUCCGACAAGCACCUGGCCAACCUGCAGGGCUACCAGGCCACAGGGGGCAAUGGGGCCCCUUCGGUGGUCCCUGCCGCGGCUCCCACCCCAUCCUCUCCCGAGGAGAAGGAGUCGAAGGGCAAGUCCUCCUGGCAGUGCAAGGUCUGCAGCUACGAGACCAACAUCUCUCGCAAUCUCCGGAUCCACAUGACGUCCGAGAAGCACAUGCAGAACAUGCUGCUGCUCCAUCAAGGGCUGCCCUUGGCCCUGCCUGGGCUGCUGGGGCAACCCCAACCUUCGCCAGGAGGCAAGCCACAGCAGGAGCUCUUCCAGUUCUAUGGGGCCCAGGCCCUCAGCCACUCCCAUCACCCGCACCCCCACCACGCUCAUGCCGGGGCCAGCCCGGCCCUGCGGGGGGACAAGCCCAUGGAGCAAGCUCAACUCUUACUUAACGGAGGCUUCCCGCAUCUCAAUAACCCCGGCAGGAAGAUGGCCGCCUUGGGGUCAGCCCCUGCGUCGCUCUCUCCGGAGCCUGCCCCGCCUUCCCCACUGCCGCCCCACUCUGGAUCAGACCUGGGGGCGCCCCAGAGGUUGUUUGGCUGCUUGGUGUGCCAGGCGUUCAGCACCGACAGCCUGGAAGCUCUCCUGCGCCACGCAUCUGCGCCACGCUCGUUGCCCGAGGGAGAAUGGAAGGAGGUGUCGGGGGACUUGCAUCGAUGCAGACUGUGCGCUUACGGCACCCAGCUGAAGGCCAACUUCCAACUGCAUCUCAAGACCGACAAGCACGCCCUGAAGUACCAACUGGCGGCCCACUUGCGCGAAGGAGGUAACAGCGGAGCCCACCUGGGACCGGAGCUGCCCCUGGGCCCACCCCUUCACCUGCACUGCAACCUCUGCGAAUAUGAGACCAACAGCAAGGAAAAGAUGCGCCUGCAUGUAGCUGGGGGCAGCCACCAGGAAGCACUGCAAGGUUACAAGUUCCUCCUAGAACUGGAGGCCACGUUGGCACCACCACCGGGACCCGAUCCCGCCCAGUUCCGCUGCCUCCUCUGCAACACCGACACGCCCAACCGCCUGCUGAUGAUCCAGCACCUGCGCUCCCCCCAGCACCGAUGCCCACGGCCAAUGGCGCCUCCAGCUUCUGCAGAACGGGGAAGCACCUGCAGCCACCCCCACCUUUUCACUUCUCGUUUGACUCCCGCCUCACCUCUAGGGAAGGAAACGGUGACCGAAGUCCAGUCCCCAGAGAAAGAAGCGCUGAAUAAAACCCAGAUGCCUGGUUCCGAUGAGACUGAAGCAAAAGCUGGAGGUGUGGGCAAUAUUACAGUGUUCUGCUGCCCGUACUGCAACUUUGUCGACCCGUCAGCCGAAGGGGUGCGGGCUCACACAGUCUCCCAGCAUGCCGUGCAGCCCAAGUUUCGCUGCCCUCUGUGCCAGGAGCAGCUGGUGGGCCGGACCAACCUCCACUUCCACCUUAGCCACAUUCACAACGUGGUGCCCGAAUGUGUGGAGAAGCUUUUGCUUGUGGCCACCACUGUGGAAAUGACCUUCGCCACCAAAGUUGUACCAAGCCCCAGCCUCCCUCCUGACCCACCAAAGCCAGAUGGGACACCCAGCCCAGAGCAAGGGGGUGCAAAUGAACCCCAAAGCCCCCUUGUCGUACCACCCACUGGGGAAAAAGCUCCUUCGGCUCCGGCGCUGCGCCCCGAAACGCCCCCCACUGCUGCUCCCUCCCCAGCAGCACCCGCAGACCCUCCGGAAAAGCCGCCGCCCACCUCUUCAACCCCUCCCCCACCCGCCGCGCCCGAACCUGAAGAGGAGGACCCUCCUCGUCUGAACGCCCUGCCCGAGGAGCAGCCACUGCCGCCGUCACAGGCCCCGACGGAGCCUCCAGAGGCCUUGCCGCCCGCCCAGCCCAGCCUGGAUCCCCGGCACCCACUGUCCUACCGCAAGGCGACCAAUUUCGCCUUGGACAAAUUCCUGGACCCCGGCCGCCCGUACAAAUGCACGGUGUGCAAGGAGUCCUUCACCCAGAAGAACAUCCUCUUGGUGCACUACAAUUCUGUCUCCCACCUGCACAAGAUGAAGAAGGCCUCGGCUGACCCCUCAGCAUCCUCCCGAGGCGAGCCGGGCACCCCGGGGGCUCUCCAGCCGUCCUCGGACAAGCCUUACAAAUGUACCACCUGCCGGGUUUCCUACAACCAGAGUUCCACACUAGAGAUCCACAUGCGGUCAGUCCUGCAUCAGACUCGCUCCCGCGUCGCUAAGAUGGAAGCUGUGGGGAAAGCGGAGACGGCGUCAGCCGAAGCAGAGGCCCCCGGCGAGACACCGCCAGAAACGGAGACACCCAAGCUCUUAGAGACCGGCUGCAUGCCGGUGCCGGCUCUCCCAUUUCUGGCACCGCCCACGGCAGAACUGCAGCGUUUCCCCACGCCCAUAUUCACCCCACCGCUGCUGCCGCCCUUCCCUUUGGUUCCGGAGUCCCUGAUAAAACUGCAGCAGCAACAGCAGCAGCUCCUGCUCCCCUUUUAUUUACACGACCUCAAAGUGGCCCCCAAAUUGGCUCUGGCAGCACCAGCCCUUGCCCUACCCACCACUCCGCCUGUGCUGUUGCCCCCUCCCCCAGCCAAGGAAGAGCAGGCCCCUGUACUGGGCAAUUCCAAACCGGAGCAGGUAGAAGAGGAGGCCGCAGAGGAGGCAGAGGGGGCUCAGCCGGGGAGCGAGGCGUCCCGCACGGCAGCCAAGGCCCUGCUGGAGAACUUUGGUUUUGAGCUCGUGAUCCAGUACAAUGAAGGCAAGCAACCUGUGGUGGCGGCAGCGGCUCCAGCUGUCCCCCCUCGGCCCCCAGCGGGCAAGCUGCAGUGCGGCGCAUGUGGCAAACAGUUCUCCAACAUGCUCAUCCUGAAAACCCACGAGGAGCACGUCCACCGGCGCUUCCUGCCUUUCGAGGCGCUCAAUCGUUAUGCCGCACAGUUCCGGAAGAGUUACGACAGCAUGUAUCCACCCCCGCCACUCCCUGUUGAGACCACCACCACGGUUGCUGCUCCCACGACCACUGUUGCUGCUGCUGCCACCACCGCCACCACAGAGACCUCAACUGUUUCUGUCCCACCAGCCUCCAUACCUCUGGAUAUCCCGUCCCUCUGCCCUCCUUUUUUAAUGCAACCCAUGCCAGUGGUGGUUCCGCCACCCGAUGGCGAGACUCCUCGGGUGUCUCCCGAACGCUUGAAAUCUCUGUGGUUUCGUGGCGAGGAUGAGGAAGGCGGCAAUUUGUCUCUGGGUCCUGACGCUCCUCGGGGCGGCUUCCACAAUACGCGGCGCUUCUCCCGCACUAAAUUCACGGACUUCCAGUCUCAGGCUCUGCAGUCCUUCUUUGAGUCCAGCGCUUAUCCCAAAGACGGCGAGGUCGAGCGUCUGUCGGUGCUCUUGGGCUUGCCGAACAGAGUCAUUGUGGUUUGGUUCCAGAACGCCCGUCAGAAGGCCCGCAAGUGCGGAAGUGAAGCUGGGGUGAGUAGUGGAAGCGCCGGGACGCAGCCUGCCUGCAAGAAGUGCCGGACGUCCUUCCGCUGCAUCUUUGAACUGAUACGCCACCUCAAGAAGUGUUACAACGACCAGCCUGAGGAAGGGGAAGCGGACGGUGCUGAGGAAGACAAUGAAGCUCACGAGGAAGAAGAACUGGAGGAAGAAGAGGAAGAGGAGCAACAACCCCAGGAGCCUUCAGCAACUGAUGGAGAGGCUAAGACAGAUGGAGCUGGAGACAAACUCCCAGAGGAAGAGCUGCCGCCUCCAGAAGCCCUGCCAGAAAGCUCAUCCAGUCAUCCCUGUGACCAGUGCCCAGCCACGUUCUCUAGCACUGACCUCCUCAAUGCUCACCAUGUUAGUCACAUGCCAGCAGCUGGUCCUCCACCAGCCACCAUAGGACCUCCCCAACAACUCCUGGACUUGCCCCCCUUGGCAUUUGGCGAGCGCAACAUCCAGCCUGAUCCCUCCCGUGCACAGAAGCGGAAACACGAGGACGGGAGCUUGUCACCCACUGGCAGCGAAUGCGCUAGCAUGGUGGGAGGGGAUAACGAGCCUCCGCGGGACAAGCGCCUGCGCACCACCAUUUUGCCCGAGCAGCUGGAGAUUCUGUAUCGCUGGUACAUGCAGGACUCCAACCCGACCCGGAAGAUGCUCGACUGCAUCUCGGAAGAAGUGGGGCUUAAAAAGAGGGUUGUCCAGGUGUGGUUCCAGAACACGAGAGCCCGAGAGAGGAAGGGCCAGUUCCGCUGCAAUGCCAGCACCACCGUCCCAACCACCAAGCCUUCGACGGUGCUCCCUACCACCUUCCCGAAGUUCAACCCUCCGCUGCGAGACCCGCCUAUCCUUUAUGGAGCUGCCUUCACCCCCAGCCUCCCUGUGGUUCCUGUCCAGCCACCUCCAAGCAAGCCAGAUGUUCCUGUGGAUUCACAAGCACAGGACGAAGCCGCUGAGGAAGAGGUGCCCAAGGAAAACGAAGACAGAAGCUUGUCAGGAGGGGAGUUGAGCGAUUCGUCGUCCUCGUCGUGUUCUCUGGCCGAUCUGGAUUCCCCAGGCAGCCAACAGAGUCGGGCGAUGGAGGGCGGUUCCGGAGGCCUCCAUGACUCCCUGGGUCAGCGUCGGUACCGCACUCAGAUGUCCAGUCUUCAGCUCAAAAUCAUGAAGGCUUGUUACGAGGCCUACCGAACUCCCACCAUGCAAGAGUGCGAGGUGCUGGGUGAGGAAAUUGGCCUGCCCAAGCGGGUGAUUCAGGUGUGGUUUCAGAAUGCCAGGGCCAAAGAGAAAAAGGCCAAGGCAGCCUCGGGCAGCACCAGCGGCGGUGACGAAGGGCCCCCCAGCGCACACGCUCAGUCAGAAUGUUCCUACUGCGAAGUCAAGUACGAUUUCUACGUGUCCUGCCGUGGGCACCUCUUUUCUCGAGGCCACCUAGCCCGACUUAAAGAGGCCAUCAAGGCCCAGCUCAAGAGUGAAAGCAAGUGCUAUGAGCUGAUGCCGGACAAAGGGACGCCGUCCCCAACCAGGCUGGGCGCUUCUGUGCCCCCCACCACCGUGCCACCGUCCCUUGGGAGUAUGGCCUCUUUUGUACCAGGCCCUUCCUCUUCUUCCUCUGGUGUUCUGAGCUCUCCGUUGGCCUCAACCCAGCCAGGUCCGCCCUUACCUCAGCGCCUCACACCAGAACCGGCCCAGCUCGGUGCCUCGACAGAGCCUGCUCCUGCUCCAGAGACCUCUCCGACCGACAGUCAUGUGGACCCGACUUCAAGUUCAGCCCCGGAACCCUCCUUGUCCUCUGCUGCCACGCUGAAGAACCUCAAGACGUUGAAGGCCACGGUCCCGGCCCUGCUGGGCGGCCAGUUCCUGCCCUUCCCAUUGCCGGCAGCGACUGCAGCGGCCCCCUCACUCUUUGGAGCCCAGCUGCCCGGGGCCUACUUCCAGCAGCUUUACGGCAUGAAAAAGGGGCUCUUCCCCAUGAACCCCGUCAUACCUCAGACACUCAUGGGGCUGCUGCCAAACCCCUUGCUCCCGACGCCCACGCCCGAGCCGCCCGUCGAGGUGUCCGAGGCCCCUGGCAUCUCUACGGUUGACGUGACUCACCAGUAUCUUUGCCGCCAAUGCAAGGCAGCCUUCGAAAGCGAGGCGGCGGCCGUGGCCCACCAGGCCGCUUUCUGCUACUUCGGGCGCCAGCCGCCGGCAGCCCCGCCCCCACUGCGCGUGCCCGUGUGCACCUACCACUGCCUGGCCUGCGAGGUGCUCAUGAGUGGGCGUGAGGCGCUGGGGGCUCACCUGCGCUCCAGCGCUCACCGGCGCAAGGCCGGAUCCAACGCAGCAACCGCAUCGGUGUUUGCCAAAGAGGAAUCCAAAUUACCUCACUCGGACUCCAACCCAAAAAGUAACGCUACCUCUACGACACUUCUAGCUUUAUAGAGACGGAUGUCACACUGCCACCCAUUGAGAGAGAAUGACUAACCAACCAGCCAGCAGAGGGAUGGGCACCCACUUGGGUGUCCCCUCUGCCCAAUACCCAAGAACCAUCCCCCAACACACAACCCAGCCUCGACCCUUUCUUAUGGCCAGCAAGGAAAAAUGACCAAUAAGUUUGAGAGACAGCCGCUUGCCACAGGUCCAAAGCCACGUCCACUGCC